AUGAGCGAAACUUCUUCCACUAGUUUUUCCAUGAUUCAUCGGACUUCUUCUGAAGGUCAAGUUCCUUCCCAUCGCCACCUGAGCGUCAUGCAUCCUGUUGUGGCCAAAAAGAUCAGCUUCUACAAGAGCGGAGACCCGCAAUUUGGUGGGGUCAGGGUGGUGGUCAACCCUCGUUCCUUCAAGACAUUUGAUGCUUUGCUGGAUAAUUUGUCAAGGAAGGUGCCCUUACCUUUUGGGGUGAGGAACAUCAGCACCCCUCGGGGAAGACACAGCAUCACACGCCUGGAGGAGCUAGAGGACGGCGAGUCGUACCUGUGCUCCCACCGCAGGAAGGUGCAGCCAGUGGAUCUUGACAAAGCCCGCCGGCGCCCACGACCCUGGCACAGCAGCCGGGCCAUCACUGUGCAGGCGCAGUACUCCCCUCCAACUGGCGCAGCUCCCGCUGCCGCUCCCGGCAUGCUGCGCGCCCCGCGAAGGCUCUUGGUCUUUAGAAAUGGCGACCCGAAGAUGAGGCGUAUGGUGGUUAUGAACAGAAGGGUUGCACAGAGCUUCCAGGCCUUUCUGCAACACCUGACGGAGGUUAUGCGGUUCCCGGUGACCAAGCUGUACGCGACGGACGGAAGGAAGGUUCCCAGUCUGCAGGCCGUGAUCCUCAGCUCUGGAGCUGUGGUGGCAGCAGGAAGGGAGCCAUUUAAACCAGGAAAUUAUGACAUCCAGAAGUACUUGCUUUCUGCAAGAUUACCAGGGAUCUCUCAUCAUGUAUACACCAAGGGAAGUGCUAGGUCAGAAAGCAGAAAGAUGAGUACACAUGUGCCUUCAAGUCCAAAGUCCCAGAUUUAUUCUGUUUCUUCUGACAAAAUGCAUAAUAUUGAUUGCUACUCACACCAUUCUUUUGCUUCAGAAAAUUACUUGGCCUUAGAAAAAAAUGAUUCUCAGAAUUUAUUGAUAUAUCCUUCUGAAGAUGAUAUUGAGAAAUCAAUUAUUUUUAAUCAAGAUGGUACCAUGACAGUUGAGAUGAAAGUUCGAUUUAAGAUAAAAGAGGAGGAAACCAUAAAAUGGACCACCGUCAGUAGAGCAAGUCUUUCUCAUAACAAUGAGGAGAAUGAGGUAGGCGGUUUUCUGGGAAGAAGAGAUGAUCGGUCUUCUGGUUUAAAAAUUGCAGCAUGCUCAUUGUCUGCAGAUGUCUCAUCUCUAGAGAAAGACAAUAAACAAGAGGGCAGUUUGGCAGAGGACAUAAACACUCAAAUGACAGAUCAAGAGACUGAAACUUGCACUUUUGCUAGUAGGCAGAAUGCUGCUAUGGACACAAACACCAUCCAGGAGACUAUGGAUCAAGCAAAGCAUCAUUUUUAUAGGCCCCCUACACCUGGACCAAGAAGAGUGAGACAAAAGAAAUCUGUGAGAGGGAGUGUGACCUUGGUAUCUGAAACUGAAGUUCAAGAGGAAAUGAUCUUUAGUGAAGAGAGGGAAGAUGGGGAAAACAAAUCUGAAUAUCAUAUGUUCACACAUUCUUGCAGUAAAAUGUCAUCAGUAUCUAACAAACCAGUGCUUGUUCAGAUCAAUAACAAUGAGCAGAUGGAGUCAUCUUUAGAAAGAAAAAAGGAAAGCAGGCUGUUCAAGUCAGGUGCAAUACAUGCUGGUGUUGUAGAAAUUACAAGUCAGAAGAUGUUAGAGAUGUCUCAUAAUAAUGGCUUACCACAGACUAUAUUAGAAAACUCAACUGUGGAGGAAGGUAUAGUUGAUAGUGGAAGGUCAGACAACAAAACUAGUAUCAAAAACUUAAGACCUUGUGGUGACACCAGUGAUAGAUUCAGUCCUAUUUUGGCAGAUACAACUCAUUCUUUAAGUAACAACUCUGGAGCUGACAGAGCUAUUUCUGAGACCCCAGCUUCAAUAGGGUCUUCCACUGUCACCACAAGAAUUGACAGACUAAGUAAUGAAUUUGCUCAGUGUGGUUUAACAAAAUUUCCAGCAAAUGAAAAGCAGAUUUCAUCAUCUGUUGCCAGCAAAAAGAAGAUGAAAUCUCAGCAACAAAUGAUAAAUUCCAGGUAUCAGGAUGGGAAGAUUGCAACCAAAGGAAUUCUUAGUAAGAGUAAGAGAAUAAACACAGGAGGUAGAAUUGCACAGGAAGUCAUAUUGGAAGAUUCAGACAGUUCCCUUAAAGGAGGAAUACUUUGUGAGGAAGACCUCCAUGUAAGUGAUAUGGUGAUUGAAUCAAAUUAUUGUUGUUCCAAAAGUAAUAUCAAUCCCAUGAAUUCCAAGAAUUUGCAUGUAAAUAAGUUAAAUACUCUUCAGAAUCCUAAGAAGUUUCAAGGACUUUUAGCCAAAAGGAAGUCCAGACCAGUAAGUUUAGGAGGACCUACAAAAAGAGAAAUUGGUCAAGACAAUAAAGUAUUUCCCCAUAAUGACUUUAGGUGUUACAAAAAUAAUUUUGAAGAUCAAAAUUUAUUUCAUGUUUUUAACUUCCUUGAGCAAAAACUCAGUGCUUUUUGUGGACCACAGGCUCAAGCAGAAAUAGCAUCUUGGUAUUCAAGAGGAAUGACCAAGAAAAGUUUAGUUUCAAAAGUUAAUAAUUCACACAUAACUUUAAAAACUCAGAAAAAACACAAAGGGGAUAAGUUGAAAUUAAGUACUAUUGUAAGUAAACAACAUGUUACAACCAGGGCAAAUUCCUUAGCUUCUUUGAAAAAAGCUGUUUUUCCUGAGGAUAUUAGCCAUCAUUCAGCUCAAAAUUAUAUACAGAGAUGGUUGCAGAGCAUAAAACCGCAUUCAGCUCUGCAACCUAGAAAAUCAGCUCCAAUAUACAAAAAAGAAAGGAGUGUGGUAAGUUGUAACAACAGUGGUUUUGCAGGAACUAAUUCCCACACAAGUUCUGGAAAAGGAAAUAAUUUUGUUAGGGAAAGUAAUAAACACAUAACUAAAAGUGCCAGUUCGACAGAAAAUCUAGACAAAAAGGCAGGUAAAUCUUUUAACAAAGAUAACAGUCAAGAACUUUCUAAAGAUCUCUGUGAGAAUCAAGUUGAAUCUCUGAAUGAUGCUUGCUUGCUUCCCUUGCAUGAAAAUUGUGCUUUGUCACAGUCAUCUAUCGAUGAUCAUAAUACUAAAAUCCAGGUAUGUGCUGAAAAAUUAGGACCAGAGGUAAGCCUUAUUUACCAAGAAAUAAAUCUAGCUACAAAAAGGCACAGUGUAGAGGCUGCUAUUCAAGUAGAUCUUAUGGAAGAAAACACUCCAAAAGACCUUUUACCAGUCUUGCUGCUUCACCAACUGCAAGCUUUAGUUCCUAGUAUUCAUAAGACUCAGAAUGGACUUAUUCAAAUGCCAGGUUCACUUGCAGAUGUUCCCUUCCCUUCCCCAAUAUGUAAGUCAUAUACUAAUGUCCUUCUAGCUUGGCUUCUGGUGCUAAGCUUAAAGGGAAGUAUAAAUAGCUUCUGCCAAGGUGAUGCUCACAAGACUACCAACAGAGCUUCAGAAAUACUUGGAUUAUUGGAGGUUCUAAAGCAUACUGCCAUCACCGAGGAAGCUGAUGAUUUGAAGGCUGCUGUUGCCAAUUUAGUGGAAUCAACCACAAAUCAUUUUGGACUCACUGAGAAAGAACAAGACAUGGUUCCAAGAGGACUUUCUGCAAAUUGUUCCACACCCAACACUCAGAGAGUUCCUAAGUGCAUUGAAAAUGAAAAAACACAGAAAAUCUCCUUUUUGGAUGGAGGCUACUCUGCCAGUGAGGACUGUGGUCCUGAAGUCUGUGUUUCAGAGUUGACUUCUUCUUCAUGUCAGGUGUGCACUGUGAAUAAGACCUAUCCUCCAAAAGAGACUUGUAACCUCAGUGACAUUUUUUCCCCUAGUGAUGGCUCUACCAUUGAUCAGACCUCCAUGAAUAAGGCUUGUUUCCUAGGAGAGGUCUGUUCACUUACUGAUGUUCUGUCUUCCCAUAAGGCUUGUGCUCCUGAUGAAAACCCUAGUUAUGAGGCAACUUGCCCAGUUGAUGAGACCUACAUUCCCAACAAAGUCUGCAAUACCAGUGACUUUUUAAAUUCCAAAGAAAACACAUGUGCUGAUAAUUUGGAAUUGACUGAAGAAUUAGAAAGGAAUGAUGAAGUUCAGAAAGACCUAAAUAUUUUGGCAGACCCUGGGUGUAAACAUGGCUUUAAUAUAUUGGUGUCACCCCAACAUACCAGCAAUUUAAGCCACUGUGGCUUUACCAUCAAUGAAACUGAACCAGAAAUUGAUAAGGGACAUAGUUCUGUAACUGAAUUUAAAAAUUGUUCAUUAAAGAAAUUUCAGGGUAAAAAUGUAUCUACAUCCUCUGAUAAGGAAGACUCAAAGACUUCUGAAGAACCAGACUCAGUAACCGAUAGCUUGACAUCAAGUGAAAGAAACAUUUCAGAAUUGGAAUCUUUUGAAGAAUUAGAAAACCGGGACACUGAUAUCUUUCAUACAAAGGUAAAUGCAGGAGAGCAGGCCACUGAAGAAUUGAUCCAAAAAGAGUUAGAGACCAGUAAAAAUUUGGAAUUGAUAGAAGUCUCCAGCAGGAACAUUACAGAAGAAGAAAAAAGAAAUGGUGUAAUUUGUGAGGCAAUCAGUAGGAGGCUGGCAAUACCACCAUCUUUAGUGUUUUGCUAUGAUUCUAAGCAAAAUACUGAAAAGGAACUCAAUGAAGGAGAAACUAAAAUGAGAGUAAAAAUGAUGGUGAAACACAUGGAAAUUGGAAGUUUUUCAGAGUCCUCUCUUGAUUUUAAAAAUAGUUUCACAAGACCAGUGAUUUCUGAUUGGUCAGAAUUUAGACUAGACAGUGAGAAUGAGCAGCCAUAUAAAACAUCCAGUGAUGGCCCCAAUGGCAGUUGUGAGGAGAUUGCCCAAGAGAAAGAAUACAAUAAAGGAUUUGUUAAAAGGACAAUAGAAAAACUUUACGGUAAAGGAGAAAUUAAACCAUCUUUUUUUUCUGGGUCUGUACAUAGAUCUCAGGUUUAUCCUUACAAUUCUGUGGAGUUUCAGUGUGCGAGGAAAGUAGGUCUUUAUGAUUCUGAAGGUCAGUCAUUUGGGUCUUCUGAACAGGUAUCUAGUAGUUCAUCUAUGUUGCAGAAAUUUCCAGAAGGUCAAGAUAAAUGUGACUUUAAUGAUGUGAGGUCCGGUUAUCAUGGGGGAGACAUUGUAGGACAUAGUACAAAACAUAAUGAUUGUAACAGAAUCGUUAGAAACACAGAGGAAGGAGUACUGAUUGAUAAAGGAAAGUGGCUCCUGAAAGAAAAUCAUUUGUUAAGAGUAUCAUCUCCUGAAAAUUCUGGCUUAUAUGGCAAUGCAGAUACCACAUCAGUGGAUACUCUACUUAAUAACAGCAAUGAGGUACCAUAUUCACAUUUUGGAAAUUUGGCUGAGCUAUCCUCUUCAGAAUUGGAGGAACUGACUCAACCCCUUGAAGUGAAAUGCAGUUAUUUUAACAUGCCUCAUUGUAGUGACUCUGAACCUUUUUGUGAGGAUUUGCUAGAUGUUCAAAAUAAAACUUGUGCCAAGGAGGGAAUACCAGAUCAUCAUGCAGAGGAGAAAGCUAGUCAUAAGUCAGAAAGAGUAUGCACAUCAGUCACUCAUGUCUUUACAUCUGCUGGUAACAAAGUCCAUCCUGUCUCUGAUGAUACUAUUGAAAACCAACCAUUGCCUGGUAAUAAUGUAAUUCGUGGUGCACUUCAGGAAGGUGACUCUCUGGAUAAGCUCUAUGCUAUUUGUGGCCAGCACUGCCCUAUACUAACUGUUAUCAUCCAACCUAUAAAUGAGGAAGACCGAGGAUUUGUAUAUUGCAAAGAUUCUGAUAUUGAAAAUUUCUUGGGUCUCCAUUUAUGGAUGAAAAUACACCCAUAUUUACUACAGUCAAACAAAACCAUGUUCAGAGAUGAGAACAAUAAAGCAAGUGGUAGAAAAGCAUUUAUUGAUAAUACCAUUGAUGAUACAUUUGAUCAGCUUUAUUUUAAUAAUACAUUUGACUUGGAUAAAAGAAAAUUAAGAAAAUUAAAAGGAAUUAACUCUUUGAGCUUAGAGGAAGAAAAUAAUUUAAAGAAAUUUCAAUUAUAUUUAAAUAAAAAGUUUUGUGUGAAUUUCUUGGACACAUCAUUGUUGGUUGUGGAUGAUGUGAAUUCAAAUACACAGGACCCCACCAAUCAGACAAAUGAAAUCUUUGAAGUAGUUGAUGAGAAUAACAACUUACUAAAUAGCAGAUUUCAGAACUCAUUAACAAAUCUCAACCAAGUAGUAAGAGAAAGUAGCAACUGUCAUUUCUCCUUUGAAAUGAAUGGUCAAACCUGCCUAUUUUACCAAGUUGAGACAUCAUUAAAUAUUAGCAACAGAAAUGUAUUAGAAAUAUUUUAUAUAUUUGAGGAUGAAAAUCUUUUUAUUUGGGAAGAGGAAAGCCAAAUUGAUCUUGAAAACAGUGAUGAACAAGACUUAUAAUUUUAAUAUCAGCACAGCCUUUUAAAAUCAGUGUGUUUUUUCCUCAUAAUGAGAUGAAACACAUGGGAUGGAUAUAGACUAGAUAACCUCUAAAAAUUUCACACUUUAAAAUGAGCUUAUUCUAGAAAGUUUGCACUUGGAUAAUCUGAUUUGACUUUCAUUAUUCUUCUGUUCUUCAUUUUUCCAAAAAUUACAGACUCAGUUUUUAUUCUAUUAUUUUUGAAAUUUCUGUGUGUUUUCCCCUGAACAUACGUAAUUUCCUGGAACUGUGAUUUUUUUUAGAACAUCAUAAAAACCCUAAGGACAGGAAUUCUUUUUUCUCUCUUUGUAUGUUGUUCAUUUUAGUGCAAAAUGUGUAUUG